AUGGGCAAGGAGGUUGUCGCCACCGACAAGGCCCCCGCGGCGCUCGGUCCUUACUCGCAGGCGAUCAAGGCUGGCAACACCCUCUACGUGUCCGGCCAGAUCGGUUUGAUUCCGGGCGAGGGCAAGUUCGCGGGCGACACCAUCGAGGAACAGACCGAACAGGUGAUGAAGAACAUGGGGGCGAUUCUCACGGAGGCUGGCGCAGACUUCUCCAAGGUUGUCAAGACCACCAUCCUCCUUGCCUCCAUGGAUGACUUCAAGACCGUCAACGAGAUCUACGGCAAACGAUUCCCGGAGAACCCGCCCGCGCGCGCCACCUUCGCGGUGAAGACCCUGCCCCUUAACGCGCUUGUCGAGAUCGACUGCACCGCCUACCUCGACUAA